AUAUGUUACAUAAAACAGAAGACUACUUAAUGCUAAGACGGAAUGAGGUCGGUCAGGGUGGAUGGGUAGCAACCUAAAAAAUACAUGUUCGAAUCUCGAAUUGAUCAUUUUUGCUAAUUGUGGUGCAGCGAUCAAGGGCACUGCGUCUCAUUGCUAGAGGUAUCACUACAGACCCCGGUUCGAUUCCAGGCUGUUCAGAACCGGUUGUGAUUGGCAGUCCCAUAGGGCGGCGCACAAUUGGCCCAGCGUCGUUAGGGUUUGGUGGGGUAGGCCGUCAUGAAUCCUCAUGUUGGGUCCAGUGCUGUGUAGAUUACCAGGAGGCAUCAAGACGCGCAUCCUCCGGCCAGUAGCCAGUGUUUUCACCAGCAGCUCCAGAAUGGCCAAGAGCAAGUUUGAGUACGUCCGUAACUUUGAGACAGACGACACCUGUCUGAAAAACUGUUACAUCGUGGUGCGUUUGGAUGGAAGGAACUUCCACAAGUUUGCAGAGCAGCACAACUUCAUGAAGCCCAACGACGACAGAGCUCUGGGCCUGAUGACGUGUAGCGCCAGGUCUGUCAUGGAGGACCUGGAUGACAUCAUCAUCUCGUACGGACAAAGUGACGAGUUCAGCUUCGUCUUCAAGAGGACCUCCAACUGGUUUAAGAGGAGAGCCAGUAAGCUGAUGACCCAUGUAGCGUCCCAGUUCUCCUCUUCCUAUGUGUUCUACUGGAAGGACUACUUCGGAGACCAGCCCCUCCUUUACCCCCCGGGGUUUGACGGACGGGUGGUUCUGUAUCCUAGCAACCGCAACCUCCGGGACUACCUCAGCUGGAGGCAGGCUGACUGUCACGUCAACAACCUGUAUAACACAGUGUUUUGGACGUUGGUGCAGAAAGGCGGACUCACCACUACACAGGCAGAGGACAGACUAAAGGGAACGUUGGCAGCAGAUAAGAAUGAGAUCAUGUUUUCUGAGUUUGAUAUCAAUUACAACAAGGAGCCUCUGGUCCACAGGAAAGGAACCACCCUCAUCUGGGAGAAGCUGGAAGAAACAGUGACCAAGAGUGUGAAGCUCCCCAACGAGGCGGGGGAGGAGGUGCUAGUGACACGCACCAGGAGGCGUGUCAGUGCCCACCACUGUGACGUCAUAGGGAACCAGUUCUGGGAGGAACACCCCAACAUUCUAGAAGACGACAACUGCUGAGCUGACGGGGAACAGAACUUUUCCUGUCGGAGAAAAACCAGCAGACACCAGCCCUUUGUGGAUAACGUUGAACAUGGACAGAGUCUAGGGGGAGUUCUUCGUACUCCCAAAUGCUCGUGCUGUGGGAUGGAGAGGGUUGAGAGCUCUCACUCUGCAUGGACAGAUACUGUUAAUAACCAACUCUUGAUUGGAACAGACUGUCUAUGGUGGCAGUAAAACAAGAGGUCUUUCAUAACUCCACACCAUCAUUCUCUUUUUUCAUGUACUGUAUACAAAUAUUUUACUGUGAUUAAAUAUGACCGCUCUUUUUAUGUCUGGAGCCAUUAAACCAAGAGAAUAUGUA